AUGGGACUCAUCAAUUUGAGACCAGACACUUCCUACGUUUGGCCGACGGACAGAUUAAGGCACUGCCUAAGUGUGUUAAGUGAUGUUGCAACACCAGAGAACAUUACUCUCAAUCAUUUCCGCGACCUGCUUGAACUUUAUCCCCAACAUGUAGGCGCCUGGGUCAAGGAGCUGGAUUUGGCUCGUUUUGAGACCAUACCGGCGGUCUGCAAAUCUAGAAGGAAUCAGUUCCUUAAGAAAGGUGAGGUGGUCGAACUUGCGGAAUGGAUGUAUAAGCGUGAUUCGAGACGGUCGAAGGUGCAGCAAAGGCGUAAUCUUGAACUUGUCAACUCAAAUCAGGAGAACGAUGUCUUCGAGGCAACUAUGGAAGCUUUUAGAGAAUAUUCUACAUACAAGGACAUCCUACACGCCAUUGCCUACCUUGAGUCGAUGGUGGGAGUCGGAAUCAAGAUGGCGACGCUGAUGCUCGCGUCGGCCUUCCCUGCUGAAGUACCAUUCUUCUCCCAUGAGCUCUUCGAGUGGUUCUAUCCCGAAGCUGAAGAUCAAACGAAGGACGUGUAUUUGGAGCUUUGCGACAGACUCAGGGAGACAAUGAAUCGACUUUGCAACGAUGGUGGUCAGGUGACGACUGCCGAGGUCGAUAAGGUGGCCUUUGUCGCUAUUUCAUCGAAGUAUAUGCAAGGUUGGUGA